UAGAGGGAGCCUUGAAAGAUUUCAACUUGUUAUUUAGAGAAAAGGAGAAGGCAACACAAAGCAAGUGUUUAAUAUAUUGUACCUACAUUCAAGUAAGGACCAAUAGAUGACUAAUGUGCAUAUGAAAGACAAUUCAACUAUGGAGGAUGACAAUGAAAGCCACCUAACUCCUCAUCUAUGCACUUUGAUGAAAGCUGAGAAUGGGAGUAACAUAAUUUCCCCUACCAUACAAGGGCAGAAUAUUGGUAAUAUUACAAUCAACCUAACAACCAACCUUGGCAAGAGUGGAGAUGAAAGCUGGAAUUCAAUUACAGUUUCAGACAAACUUCUACAAGAUACCAAAACAAUCCACAAAUCUAUGCUCCGAAGAAAGUUUGAAUGUGUACAUGAAAGCAUUGCUAAACCAGGACAACAGCCUCUCCUGAAUGACCUGUUUACAAACGUUUGGAUAACUGAGGGUGAAUGUGGAGGAAUGAAUUCUGAACAUGAAGUGAGGGAUAUAAAGGCCAAAAUGAGAAAAAGAACACAGGUUCAUUCCAUGAAACGGAAUGACAUAUUCAAACCCUUACUGGGCCAGAAACAAGUAAAGACUGUGUUAACAAAGGGAAUUGCUGGGAUCGGAAAAACCGUCACUGCGCAGAAAUUCAUACUUGAUUGGGCAGCUGGACUGGAAAACCAAGAAUUUGAUCUUAUAUUUGUUUUCCCAUUCCGUGAACUCAACUUAAUAAAAAAAGAAAUCAGUCUACUGGAACUUGUUCAGCAAUACUACCCACACAUGAAGAAGGAUGAACGCAUUUUGACAGCCGAAUCUGUAAAAUCCCUGUUCAUCUUUGAUGGGCUGGAUGAAAGUAAACUAUCAAUAGAUUUUUACAAAUGUCCACCCUGGCUAGAUGAAGAAAAGUCAACUUCUUUAGGUGUUUUAUUAACAAAUCUGAUUCGGGGAAACUUGCUUCCUAGUGCUUCCCUCUGGAUAACUUCCAGGCCAGCAGCAACAUGUCAGAUCCCUGCUGUUUACAUAAGCAGAGUGACUGAGAUACAAGGGUUUGAAAAUCCGGAAAAGGAAGAGUACUUUAGGAAGAAAUGCAAAAAUGAAACACUGGCAGACAAAAUGGUCUCAUAUAUAAGGACACAUAGGAGUCUUUAUAUAAUGUGCUACGUUCCUGCUUUCUGUUGGAUAUUAGCUACUGUUUUAGAGCAGACAUUGAACACUGAUCACAGUGGUUAUAUUCCUAGAACUCUGGCUGAAAUUUACACCAAUUUUCUAAUCGUUUUAUUAACUUUUCAGAAUCAAAAAUAUGAGGAUCAAGCGAGAUGGACAAGCUACAGUCUGCUGGAAUCAAAUCAAAAAGCCAUUCUUAGCUUGGCACAGCUGGCUUUUGAAAACCUGGAAAAAGGUGAUAUUGUUUUUUCUGAGAAUGAGUUUAGAAAAUAUCAUAUUGACAUAAGCAAGCCAUCAGUUUACUCUGGAGUAUGCAAAGACAUGUUUAUAGAAAACUCAACAGCAACUCAGGACAAGGUAUAUACCUUUGUACAUCUGACAAUCCAAGAAUUCUUUGGAGCUUUACAUGUUUUUGCUACCUAUCAAAAUAAAAAACAAAACGCACUGAAGAAGAAAAACAUAAGUAAUAUAUUUCCUUGUGCUAAAAGAGCACCUAGUUUAUUUGAUGUGAACAAGUCUGCAUUGGAUAAGUCAAUCCUCAGUAAAAAUGGUCACCUCGAUCUUUUUCUCAGGUUUUUAUUGGGUAUUGGCACAGACAAUAAUCAAAAACUGCUAAAUGGACUUUUUAAUCCAGAAGACAAUUCAGAGGAUAUCAAGCAGACUUGUAGCUACAUUAAGGACUUGAUCAGAAAGGCUGCCUCACCAGAAAGAUGCAUCAAUCUUUUCCACUGUUUGAACGAACUGAAUGACAGCUCUCUUGUGGAAGAAAUCAAAAUGGCCAUAAACUCAAGAGCUCUUUUAAAACAAAGGCAGACUCCUUCAUUGUAUUCAGGGCUUGCCUAUAUUUUGCAAAUGUGUGAAGAUGAAAUGGAUGAAUUGAACUUGCACAGAUACCACAUGUCAGAAGAAGGUGUACUGCGAAUGCUGCCUGUUGCUAAAUUUUAUAAAAGACUGGUGCUGGAGCAAUGUGGCAUCACUGCUGAAGGUGGUGACAGUCUCGCUUUCACUCUCAGUUCACAUCAGUCAAAGAUAAAGGAGCUGGAGCUGGGGUGGAAUAUCCUGGAGGAUUCAGGAGUGAUCCAGCUGUGCACUGGACUGAUCGACGCAAACUGUAAAUUACAGAAGCUGGGGUUGAAACAAUGUGGUCUCAAAAGUGGAUGUUGUGAGGCGCUUGCCUCUGUUCUCUGUUCAAGCCACUCACAUUUGAGAGAUUUGGAGCUGAGAAUGAAUCAGAUAGAGGACUUGGGAGUGAAACUGUUGUCUGCAGGACUGACACACAUGAACUGUAAAUUACAGAAACUGGGCCUAGAGAACUGUGGCCUCACAUCAGGAUGCUGUGAGGAUCUUGCUUCUAUUCUCUGUACGAACCAGUCAAACCUGAGAGUGCUGGAGCUGGGAAAGAAUGCUCAACUGGGGGAUUUGGGAGUGAAACUGCUGUGUGCUGGAUUAAAGGAUCCAAAAUGUAAAUUAAAGAGACUGGGGCUAGAGUCCUGUGGUCUCACAAGUGGAUGUUGUGAGGAUCUUGCCUCUGUUCUCUGUACAAAUCAGUCAGUCCUGAAAGAACUGAACCUGAGAAUGAACCAAGUCGGGGAUUCUGGAGUGACACUGCUGUCUGUGGGACUGAGUAAUCCAAACUGUAAAUUACAGACACUUGGCCUAGAGUUCUGCAGUCUCACAGGUAGAUGUUGUGAGGCUCUCACCUCUGCUCUUUGCACCAGCCAGUCAAACCUGAGAGACCUUGACCUGGGAGCAAAUAAACUAGAGGAUCCAGGAGUAAAAUUGCUAUCUACUGGGCUGAGGAAUCCAAAUUGUAAAAUACAGAAACUGAAGUAA